AUGCCAGGCUUGAAAUCCAAUCUUGAUGUUGUGAAGGACUGCGACAACUUUCCAUAUUAUGAGAUUGGAAACUCGGAAUCUUAUGAGUCCCAAAUGAGAUGUCUGUGGAAGUUCUUUCUCCCGAACGACCCCCGCCCACAUGGCUUUAUUCUAGAUGAAGUUGUGGAAAAGAUGCCGUGGACUACGGACUAUCAAAUGAUGCCAGAUCGGAAGGAAAUCCAUCUCAAACCAAGGAACGAUGAGAACCGUGGAGAAUCUUGCAGUCAAAGUAUCGAAAAAUUGCUCGACAUCGCCAGGGAUAUGGGUGUCUUUCCCAAGCUGGGCAAGAAACGCAACGAGCAGUACUCCAUCGUUGGAGCCAGGUUUCCCAUCGGUAUUGAACGUUCAGCAAGCUCUCUGUUUGGUAUCAUUGGCCAAGGAGUCCACAUGACUCUCUAUACUCGCACGAGAUCAGGCAUGAAAUUUUGGAUCUCGGAGCGAAACCACAAUAAAUCGACGUACCCUGGUAUGUUAGAUAAUGCGGUCGCGGGUGGCGUAGCCCUUGGCGAAAUACCAUUUGAAUGUCUGGUACGGGAGGCUUCAGAGGAGGCCGCCAUCUUGGAUCAAAAUGUUCGUGAGCAUGCGAAAGCUGCUGGUACAGUCACUUGGUUCAACAUCAGUGACUCCAGAGCUGGUGGCGAGCCUGGUCUAAUGAACCCCGGUCUUCUUUACGUCUAUGACUUGGAAGUUGCGGAAGACGUUACGUUCGAGCCUGUUGAUAACGAUGUUCACGCUUUCCAUCUCAUGGAUGUUCAGCAGGUGAAAGAUGCAAUGUUAGAUGGGAAAUUCAAGCCUUCGAGCGCUAGCGUCAUGAUGGACUUUCUCAUUCGGCACGGAUUCAUCACUGUCGAGAGUGAGAAAGACUAUGUCGAGAUAGUUUCGAGGCUCCAUCGGAAACUGCCAUUUCCAACGAGCGCUCGUUGA